CCUGUAAAGGACGACCCACAUUUUCAUCACUUCCUACUCAGCCAGUCUGAGAAGCCGGCCUCAUCAAUGGAACCCAUUAGCAAGCGCCUGAAGAUCAUCGAGGAGGACACAGGGUCAACAUCUAUCCAAGCAGCAGACAGCACAGCCAUCAAUGGCAGCAUCACACCCACAGACAAAAGGAUAGGCUUCCUGGGUCUGGGGCUGAUGGGUAGCGGCAUAGUUUCCAACUUGUUGAAAAUGGGUCAUGUUGUCACGGUGUGGAAUCGCACAGCAGAAAAGUGCGACCUGUUCAUCCAGGAGGGUGCCAGGUUAGGCCGGACUCCUGCAGAGGUGGCUUCCAUGUGUGACAUUACUUUCUCGUGUGUCUCCGACCCAAAGGCCGCCAGGGAUUUGGUGUUAGGACCCAGUGGAGUGCUGCAGGGAAUCAGGCCAGGCAAGUGCUACAUAGAGAUGUCCACUGUAGAUCCAGAGACCAUCACAGAACUCUCACAGGUGAUCACGUCGCGGGGUGGCCGAUUCCUGGAGGCUCCAGUGGCGGGCAGCCAACAGCUCUCCAACGACGGGAUGCUCGUCAUCCUGGCGGCCGGGGACAGAACGGUCUACGAGGACUGCAGCAGCUGCUUCCAGGCUAUGGGCAAGACCUCGUUUUUCCUGGGUGAAGCAGGGAAUGCAGCAAGGAUGAUGCUGAUCCUCAACAUGGUUCAGGGUAGCUUCAUGGCCACAGUUGCAGAGGGACUAACUUUGGCACAGGCCACGGGCCAAUCACAGCAGACAUUCCUGGACAUCCUGUGCCAGGGCCAGAUGGCUAGUACCUUCGUGGACCAGAAAUGCCAAAAUAUUUUACAGGGCAACUUUAAGCCAGACUACUAUUUGAAACAUAUUCAGAAGGACCUGAGGCUAGCCAUCUCUAUGGGCGACAUGGCCAACCAUCCAACCCCAAUGGCUGCAGCUGCCAAUGAGGUUUACAAGAGGGCUAAGGCACUGGACCAGUCAGACAACGAUAUCUCUGCAGUCUACAGAGCCUACAUUCACUAGAGCGAGGUGUGACUUAUCUUCUGGACCACACAGUCUUUAAUCCUUUCUUAUUUCUCCCUCGUCAUCUAAUGAGUUGUUUUGUUUUUUUUGUUGUCGUUUUAAAGUGUAGUUCUUUUUAUUUCAUUUUCGCCCGAGUGCCAGCCACUUUCCCUGCCCACGAGUUAAGUUAAUUCCUUUUUUUUUUCUUCUUCUUCUUCUUCUUCUUUUUUUUAGAGGCAACCUUGAGCAUUGCACUGACUGUACCGGGGGAAUACGCUGUAAGAAUGCUCAGAACGAGGUUGUACUGCUGCAGUUUGCUGUGUGUUGGGGGGGAGGGCAGUUUUUUUUUUUUUUUUGGUUUCUGACAACUAAAAAAAAAAAAAAAAACCUUUGAAGUAACGGAAGGGUUCCUGGUGAGGAUGUGAGGUCCAGCUCCACUGUAAAGCCAGAGAACUUGCUGUCAGGUUUUAUGGAUGCAGAAACCGUAAAGAAGUUUGUUUUUCUUUCUCAUGUGUUUAUUUAAUUAAGUGUGAUCUUUGCUUUUCUUUUUAAUUAAUUUCUUUUAUUGUCCAGAAAUCCAUGGGAGGAAACACCAAGAACAUGCCACUGCAUUGCCUUAAUAUUGUAACCCCUCAAAUCUUUCAAUAAUAGAUGUAUUUAUUUAUGUUUCUUUCUAGGUCUUCUUGGUGCAGUCUGGUCAUGGCUUCUCUCUGUGUUUGACGAGAUGAUUUAUGCUUUAACAUUGGUGUUAAUGACGACAGAUGUGUUAAGGCCUUAAAAUGCCAUAAUAGUUGAUGUUUCUCAUCAAGACUUGAGAUUUCCACGUUUCAAACCCUUCAUUCAUAUGUUUGGAAGAGUUCUCAUUUCUUUUUCUUUUUUAAUAAGUCUGAAAUUACACGAAUCCGCUUUUUUUUAAGUUGUAUUUUAACGAAAGUCAAUAUUUCAGCCUUGAGUCAGCCAUGUUUUUAUUUUAUUUUAUUUUAUUUUAUGGAAGUUAUUAAAAAAGAAUAUAUUGUGGCUGGGCUCUGAAGGUCAAUUUUAGACUAUUUUGGGACCCAAGUAUUAAAAACCAAACGAAUGAAAGCUUCAGACGGGGUUUAAAGACACGUAAAGCUGUAGAAAUGAACAGAACGAACUCGACUCUCCUUUUAGAAACACCACUGAGAAACUGUUACAUCAGUCUAACACACACACACACACACACACACACACACACAGCUCACCUUAGCUCAACUGUUUGUUACAUAUUCACCCAGUCUGGGUCCCAAACCAAACACAGAGUCUGUCUUAUUAUUUAUUUCUUGCUUUCGGUUGGAUUUUCAGGCAAAAUAAUAAUAAUAAAUAAAAAAGCGUAGGAGCCAUCUGGACUACAUAGUAGAGGUCCUCACAAGUCACAAGCUCAGUUUUUGGAAAACAAAACUUGACAGAAGCCGGGCUCCUGACCAGCAGAUUGGCCGAGCAGUGUUUCUGGCUGACGCAAGCUCACGACAGAUCGAUGAAUAAAUAAAUAUAUAUAUAUAUAUAUUGGCCGGUAAUUAUGAAGAAAUGUCAGAGAAAUACCAAAAAUAUGCUCGAGGUCGUAUAGAGAAUGUCUCCAUUAGUUCAUUACUCCAUAAUUUGGAUCAUCAUUAUCAUCAAAAUAUGCAUGUUGUUAGAAAACUUUUAUUGCAGUUUUUAAAUGUCAUGUUUGUGCCACAUCUACGAGGCAGAAGCCAUCUGAUCGGUGUCCAAAUUACUUUCAGUCUCAUGAGGACGGGUCGGGUUGUGUUCUGGUCCUGCAGGUCAACAUGUCUGACAGAAAAUUACUAUUUAACUUUUAAUUAUUAUUUUUUAAAACACAGAUGUAAAGCUCAGGAAAAGUGGCACAUAGUUUGCUGAUGUCUAUUAUUUCUGAAACCACCACAUGCUGAAUAAUCUCAACAAAUUUUCCCCACAGUCUGUACCAGUCGGGUAUCGUUACUCUUUUUAAAAAGAAUGGUGAGAUUUUCCAUGAACUACCCUUGAAUACCUCUACCAUGUAGUCUAGCACAGCCCCUACAUAAGUGUCCAACAAAAGAACCACAAGUGUAAUGUCCUGGAGAGGGUAUAGCUCCUCAAACAAGACCAGACUGAAGCACCAGUUAAACAAUGCCUUAACUUUCCCUUAAGGUGUUUGUAGAUUGUAAGAAGGGUGUCGCUCUGGCUCUCAUCUGCACCCUGUAGUGUCACCAAUGGGCCUAUUGACACAUCAGUAGUCAACCCCGCUGUCAUCCUCUUGUACGGGACACCAGUGACUUUAAACACAAGGAAGCUGUAGCAACAAGCCCCGCUGUUCUUCCACCGAAACGCCAAAUUGCAAAUCUUUCCUUGGAGGAGGGAGAAAAAAAAAAAAUCACAGCGAUUUGUUCUUUUGCAGUUUUACCUGUUAAAACUAUCAACAAAGAGGUUUCUCACAAAACAGAAUAAUCGUUCAGUUGUGUGUUAAGAAUCCAGCGUUCCAUUUUGAAAGAUGGUCCGUUUGCCAUGGUUAAGAUUUUUUUUUUAAAUUUAGGUUUCCCAAACGCUCAAGUGUAAAGACCUGUUUUUAGAAGACGUGUAAAUAGCACAUUAGGCUGAGUAGGGUUCCUUUUGUAUCUACAAUAACCAGGAUUAAUGAAAACAACUAGGUUUGGUUUUGAUUCUACAGAGUGACUGUCUAACAUCUGUGUCUUAUUACUGUAGAUUGUUCAGUUCAAGUGUAAAUGGUUUAUAAAUAUGUGGCUUAUAUAAUCUGGCUUAUUAUUGCAUUGAAAUGACAAUGACUUGGAUCCCAUUCUUUGAAGGAGGGUGGAACUUUGGUUUGGGGGAUAUUUAUGAUUUUGUGUACAUGUGAAAAUACCAAGACUUUUGUGCUGUUUAAUAAAUCCUCUCCUGAUUACUGACAUUACGGCA